AACUUCCGGUCUAUACACAAUCUAUUUCCGGUUUAUAGAGCCGCACUAAAUAGGGAGAAGCUACACAAGUAUAUUGCUUCUAUAUGCAAUUAUCCAACUCAUUAACUUUGUUAUCAAUUUAUUUUGUGGCAGUUUUAUGCCGUUUAAAUUGUGUAACAAGAUUGCGUUUAAAAAGGAGGAAUUAAAAAUUACUUCUCACUUGUCUAAAAAAUCCACCAGGCUCCCCCAAGAUGGCGUCGUACAUCACUCGUAACGGGACAUUUCACGAUCCAGAUCUUCUAAAACGAAACUUGCUUGCUCUGAAUGACCAAAGAAAUUACUCACACUUUUGUGAUGUAGUUUUAAGAGUUUCUGGAACCCAAAUAUACGCCCAUUCUAAUGUUUUAGCUGCGGCAAGCCCCUACUUUGGGUCAUUUUUAGGCGUUGGAGCUGAUUGCCCAAGAAUGUUUUCUCAAAAACAUCCACAAAUUAUUGAAAUACAUAUUGAAUCGAAGGAUGGGGAUGGUGGUUAUGGAGAAGCAGUUAGUAAAGUUGUUGAAUUUAUGUACACUAGUCAGAUUAAUUUAACUACCUCAUUAGUUUGUCAAAUAAUAGAAAUUGGGAAGAUAAUGCAGAUGGAUAGGCUUCUUCAGUUUUGUGAGAGAUAUCAAUUUGGUGAAGAUGAUAAUAUUCCACAAGAUAAAGCAACAUGCACAACAGGGUUACAGGAGAUAGCUAAUUUAUUAGGAUCACGUGCAAAAACAAUUAAACAUGCAGACGUCUCAACAGAAACAGAGGAAAGUGUCUUUAAAAAGUUAGAAAUAAAGCAGACAGGUUCUCUCCAUGUUAGGAAAUCAUGUUCUUCCUCUUCUCAACCAUUAAAGUCAAUCAAAAAGCACAAUAUUAACCAGAUAGAUACAUAUGCACAACAGGCAUGUUCUGAAUAUGAUACUAAUCAACCACAAGAGAAGAAACUAAAAGCUUCUGAAGAAAAAGAAAGUGCAAUGGAAAUUUUGCCUGAGCCAAUCUGUUUUGACAUUGAGAAUGUUGAUCAGAAUGACGCAUCCCUUCUUCUUGCUAUCAGUAAUGUUAGACCAGUUAUUAAAGUAGAUGAUCCAGAUGAUCUAGGAGCUGACUCAUUUUCAAAGAAAAUUUCAUGUACAACAUCCCUUGAAAAUAGUUCAUCACUGAAUAGUUCUGAUACUGGUACUUUCAUAAAAAAUGUACAGACAGAUGAUUGUCUAAAUAAUGUUCGAACUCUAGCUGAUAUGAUGAACAUUACAGUAGAAAAAUCAUCACAAGAGUUAGAAAACACUACAUUGCCUGAAAUCAUACCUGAGUCAAACACAAACACUAUUGAUUUACAGACACCACUUAUUUCAGUUUAUCCACCACAGGAUCAACAGAAAGAAUUCAAUCUAGAAGAAAUAUCUGACCUAGUCAUAUUUGAUCCUGUUACAACUGCAUUGCUUCAAUCUAAAUCAAACAGAGUUUGGAGCAGGGGGAGGGGCAGAGGUCGUGGAAGAGGAAGAAAAAGAAGGCCUGGUAGACCACGCAAAGCUAAAGAACAGCCAGAGAGUGACCCAGAAUUUGAAGAAUUUAUUAAUCGCCUUGAAAGAGGUGACACAGUUGUACCACAAGAAAUAGAAACCAAUUCUGUGACUGAUUCUAACGUAAAUAAAAGUGAUUCUAAAAGUGUUUUAGAUGAAACAAUAGAUGAAGGGACAAUGUCAAAAGAUUCUCAGGAAAUACAACCAAUAAAAAAUGAACCUGGUAAAAAUAUACUUUCAAAUUCAAGAUGGAGGAGUUGCAGAGUCAGGUUUAAGCCAUCUUUGUUGAAAAAAGAUUUCAUAAUGCAUUCACUUACUAAAAAAAGUCGUGCACAACAGGAAAAAGAUUCAGAUGCACUUGGAACAUCUGAAGAAGAUGCAAAGGCUCACUCUUCAAAAGGUGACUCCUCAAAUAUUAAGUUUGUUUGUGUUAAAUGUAAUUAUUCAUCUUCAUUAUUUAAGGAUUAUCGUCAGCAUAUGAAAUCCCACCCAGAAACUGAUCCUAGAUAUUUUGUUUGUGAAAAGUGUGAUUUUAACACAACAAAGUCAAGAGAAUUUAAUGCGCACAAGCAAAAACAUAUGGUAGAAGAACUGAUUUGUUCAUAUUGUGAACAUCGAGCAGAAUCUAAAGAAGAAUUUAUUGAACAUGCCAAAAAACAUGAGGGGGAUACACCAUAUUUUUGUGAAGAAUGUGAUUCAAGAUUCAAAACAAAAAAUCAGCUGUUUGCCCACAAACCAAAACACCAACUUGAGAAACCAUUUGUGUGUGCCAUUUGUGGCUCUGGCUUCAAAUGGAAACAUGCUCUGAAAAACCAUAUGAUUACACACAGUGCUACUAAGGACCACCUCUGUGAUGUCUGUGGAUAUGCAACGGCCCACAAAUCUCAGCUCAAAGCCCAUAAACUUAUCCAUACUGGCCAUAUGUUUAAAUGCCCUGUCCAAGGCUGUCGGUUUGAAGCCACCAAGCGUCAGAAUCUGAAGUAUCAUAUGGUUACUCAUACUCAUGAAAGGGCUCACCAGUGUGACAUCUGUGGCCAGAGUUUCUCACUCAUCAAAAACAUGCGCAGACACAUGCUUUUACACACAGAUGUACGCCCUUUUAGUUGUAAACUCUGUUCAUUUUCAACCACUCGGUAUGAUAAACUUAAAGAGCACAAUCACAAACUGCAUAACAUUGGAGCUGCACCGGUACCUAAACGAGAGAUUUCAGAAGAGCCAUUGUUUACACUUACUGCUGAUGGAGGAAUCACAGAGGAAGCCCUACAAACAAUAGCCCAGUUGGCAUUACCACAAAAUCUAAAUAAUAUAGACCUACAAGGAACAACCAUAAACAUAGAAAGGACAGCAGAAGAUGGUACUGUUUAUCCUAUUAUAGCAACUGUGCAGUCUUUUACAGAUAGCACUGGAAAGGUACAGUACAUAGCACAGAUUCCUGAAUAGGUAGAUUGUAAUUUGUUCAGGUCUAGGAGUGAGAUACAAAUGUUAUUGAAUUCCCAUUGUGAUACAGAUACAUUUACUUGACUAAUAGUUUUUUAAAUUUAUAAUAUAAGAGCAGUCUUAAAGUGAUUUUAAAAUAUGUUGGCUAAAAUUGUUUUUGUAAUGUAAAGUACCUUUUUAUUUUCAAUAAUCCUACAUUGUUGGAGAUGUAAUUGUUUGACUCUGGUGCAGCACUCUCUAGUCCCUUGUUAACUUAAACAUAGUUUAACUUAUCUUUAACUCUAAAUAAAGUUUAAAAUUGUGUGCAUUGUUUUUUUUUCUGUUUUUGUAAACAGCUAAAUUGUGUGUUAGUUUAUUGUAACAUUAUUUACAGGGAAAAACUGUAGCAUUUGUCUACAAUUUUAUUUUAUACACCAUACAUCACUUGAUGAAUAAUGAAACAUUUAUUUUAUUAAUCCUGGCUGAUGUAAACAUGAAACUACAAUUUCAAUACCUGGUUGAAAAAAAAAUACACUUAACAUGUGAAAGAUAUUGCUGACAAUUUUUUAACAUUUUAAAUCUAACAAGAACUUUCUUUCCCACCUUGUGACCUCAGGAUAGAAACAUAAAGCUAAGCUUAUUAUUCAAACUGACAGAUGCUAUGUGUCAUAGCCUGAUUUAGAAUUAUGCUUUAAGCUUGGACUAUAGUGAUGCUAGCUGAUGAAUUCAAUAAUCAUUGUUUUAAAUCUCAGGGGUACAUACUGAUUAAAAAAAAACAACUUUAUAAAUGUAAUUAAGAGUCGGUGCGCUAUAGUUUAAAAAAAUUGUAUUGUAAUUUUUAUAUGAACUUCUUUUUAAAAAUUCCUCAAUGUUAAUGCAUCAUGAUUUUAUGCAAAGGGAAUUAAGAGUUCAAUACAAUUUAGUAAUACUAAUAGCACCUGUAAUAUUUUUUUGUUCUUUG